AUGAAACGUAAUUUGUCGAUGACAGGGAUAACUGUGACAGUGGGUGUGCGCGUGGGUGUCCAAGACAGUUACAUAUCGAAGCGCGACAAGGAGUUCGUGGGUCCAGACGAGCGGCUCGAGCUGUUGCUGAAGCGACGCAUGACUCCGCCGCCGUCCGUCGUGGGUGACCUGAGGGCGCUGGAGAACUCCCUGGGCGCAAAACCGAAGCCGUAUCUACCGCCAGGCGGUGCCCGACGAGAAAUAACAUUCCACGAAUACAAUGGGGAGCAUCUCAAAGUCAGAAUAUUACAAUUCCAGCAGUAUCUGAUUCAUUUAACUAGAGGGUAUGUAGUGGAAAUAGAACCCUUACUCGAGAAGUAUCAAGACGACGAGAGAGUCCGCGUCGCUUACACAUUCGGAAAGCUAGAGCAAUGGCUCCAAAAGAUCAGGACACUUUAUAAGGCCACACUGCUUGAGAGGUACCGUAAGAACACUCAUAAAGAACCCAGCCCUCGGCCAAUUUUGAUCAUCUACUUCUACUACCAGCACAUGCUGCGCAUACACGUCGACAUCACGUACACCAUCGAGUUCAUCACCUACAUUCACGACAAGUACAUCUCCGUGAUGAAAACCCUCAACGUUAGCUCUGCGUUCAAAGAACAGGCCGAACUGAACCCGGCAGAGACAUAUAGCGAUGUAUUGGAAAAGUUAAAGGGCAGAAACAUAAGUGAUGAAGAUAUGAAACAAAUGAUGGAAGCUGGCCACGCAGGCUUGAAAGUCACGUUACCCCCAUUAUAG